UGUUUAUAAACUGUCCUUGAUGAAAGACGUCACAUUCUUGAGAUGCCAGUCCUAGCGACAUUUGAUACCUGCUCCCGUUGUUUGGGGCUAAAACCGACCGUCUACUGAGGAAAUUACAGUGAGUUCAAGGUGAUCGGUAAGAAGGACCCACCGAUUCAUCCAGUAAUAUAUACAUAUAAAAGUCCGAAGAACGCGGAGUAAUUACAAUGAGUGGAGAGGAAAUUCAGACUUCCAAGCCCGAUGCUGAGAAGAAAAGGAGAGCUUUCGGCUUGACUUACCUCAUCGACGAAAAUCCACCAUGGUAUAUCUGCUUGUUGCUGGGUUUUCAGCAUUACCUUACAAUGCUAGGAGGAACUUUGUCAAUUCCCUUCAUUCUUAGCGGUCCGAUGUGUUUUGGUAGUAACACCCUUGCCAUUAGUGAAGUUCUGAGCACGAUACUUUUUGUUUCUGGAGUUGUCACUUUGUUGCAGUCAACGUUUGGAGUCAGGCUGCCGAUCAUUCAGGGAGGGGCUUUUUCUUUUCUGACACCGACUUUUGCCAUUUUGUCUCUACCUCAGUGGACGUGUCCUAAACCUGAAGAAUACAGUAACUCAACAUUGGAAAUGUCCGAAAUCUGGAAACCUCGGAUGAGAGAGAUCCAAGGUGCCAUAAUGGUUUCAUCAUUAUUUCAAAUGUUGGUUGGCUUCACUGGAAUUGUUGGUUUUCUUCUCCGUUUCAUCGGACCACUGACCAUAGCGCCCACGAUAACUCUUGUGGGUCUGGCUCUUUUCAACGUAGCAGCAGAACACGCAGGAAACCAUUGGGGAAUUUCAAUGACGACGAUCGUGUUAAUUGCCUUGUUCUCACAAUACCUUACCAAAAUAAAGAUUCCAUUUCCUGGAUACAGCAAAGAACGUAGAGAGUGUUACGUUGGUCACUAUCCGUUGUUCAGACUGUUUCCGGUGAUCCUCGCGAUUGCUGUAUCUUGGAUAAUUUGCGCCAUCAUCACCGCUUCGGGAGGUUUUCCCUCUGAUCCUAGUGUUCCUCAGUACAUGGCCAGGACCGAUGCCAGAACUGUUGUAUUGAGAGAAGCAAAAUGGUUCAGAUUUCCCUACCCAGGUCAGUGGGGAACGCCUUCUGUUAGUGCUGCAGGGGUGUUUGGAAUGCUUGCUGGCGUGCUGGCCUCCAUUAUUGAGUCCGUAGGUGAUUACUACGCAUGUGCGAGAUUGGCAGGAGCACCACCACCGCCAAAACACGCAGUCAACCGUGGCAUCGGAAUGGAAGGAAUGGGAUGUCUCUUAGCAGGAGCUUUUGGUACCGGGAAUGGUACUACUUCAUACAGUGAAAACGUAGGGGCUAUCGGGAUAACGAAGGUUGGAAGCCUCCGUGUCAUUCAAUUUGGGGCUUUGGUACUGAUGGUUGUUGGCGUUCUCGGCAAAUUUGGCGCGUUGUUCGUCUGCAUUCCAGAUCCCAUCGUCGGUGGAGUAUUUAUGGUCAUGUUUGGAAUGAUUACCGCUGUUGGAAUCUCCAAUCUGCAGUUUGCUGACAUGAAUUCCUCCAGGAAUCUGUUCAUUGUUGGAUUUUCUACUGUAUUUGGAUUGGGUCUGCCGUAUUACAUGAAAAAUCACGAGAACGCGAUUAGCACAGGUGUCCCAGAAAUUGACCAAAUAAUUACAGUACUCUUCAAAACAAGUAUGGCAGUAGGGUGUAUUUCUGCUCUGAUUCUGGACAACACCAUCCCUGGAACCGACGAGGAGCGCGGUAUAAAGGCAUGGAGGGAGCAUCUGUCAGAUGAAAGUGAGGGACAGAUGGAGACAGCCUCCAUUAAAGUCUAUGACCUGCCGUUUGGUCUCAACCGCGUCACUAACUUCAAAGUGGCCAAGUAUUUGCCUUUUCUGCCGAACCACGAAGAGGAACAACAAGUAGCAUACGAUGUGGAAAUGAACAGCGUUUCUUAAGUGUUGAAGCAUUCUUUAGACAGCAUGCAACAUCUCCAGUUAUUUUGCUGGAAACUCUGGUUUAUUAAUUCAUAAUCCAGCGUCAACGUAAUAAGGCCUUCACUCACAUGUAUCUCGAUUUAUGAAUUUGUUAGUGUUCUUUUUAGAACUUAGUAACUUCUGUCGCUGCGGGUGAUCAUAAAAACAAUUGAGGCAUCUCUUCCGAUUUGUCGUAUUAAAUUCUUAACUUUAUAU